AUGAUGAAGGGCAGUGGAAUGGUCAAGAAAGAGAGCAAAAUGCGUAUACGUGCUUUCCCGACUACUAUGGAUGAAAAGUAUGUAGAGAGCAUUUGGGCGUUGCUGAAAAAUGCGAUUCAAGAAAUCCAGAAGAAGAAUAAUUCCGGGCUGAGUUUCGAAGAACUUUACCGGAACGCUUACACGAUGGUCCUUCACAAGUAUGGGGAACGUUUGUACACAGGUUUAAAAGAAGUCGUUACCCAUCAUCUGGAGAAUAAAGUCAGAGAAGACGUGCUGAGAUCGCUCCAUAACAAUUUCCUUCAAACGUUGAAUCAAGCUUGGAACGAUCAUCAGACGUCCAUGGUGAUGAUCAGAGAUAUUCUGAUGUACAUGGACAGAGUGUACGUGCAACAGAACGACGUAGACAACGUGUACAAUUUGGGACUUAUCAUAUUUAGAGAUCAGGUGGUUAGAUACGGUUGCGUUCGAGAUCAUUUGCGAGAAACAUUAUUAGGUAUGGUAGCGAGGGAGAGGAGAGGAGAAGUAGUAGAUCGUAUAGCGAUUAAAAAUGCCUGCCAAAUGUUAAUGUUACUUGGUAUUAACAAUCGCCAAGUUUACGAGGAAGACUUCGAAAGGCCUUUUUUACAACAAAGCGCUGAAUUCUAUAGAAUGGAAUCUCAGAAAUUCUUAGCUGAAAAUAGUGCGUCGGUAUAUAUAAAGAAAGUCGAGGCUAGAAUCUGCGAGGAGUCGGAGAGGGCGAAACACUAUUUAGACGAAUCCACCGAGCCGCGGAUAGUAGAGGUCGUAGAAGAAGAAUUAAUUAAAAUCCAUAUGAAAACCAUCGUCGAGAUGGAGAACAGCGGUGUAAUACACAUGCUCAAGAAUCAGAAAACCGAAGAUCUCAAUUGCAUGUACAAAUUGUUCUCAAGAGUGUCGGAUGGUUUGCGUACCGUGUGCGAUUGCGUCUCGCAAUUUCUCCGCGAACAAGGCCGUGCCAUGGUUCAAGAGGAACACGAGUCGACGACGAACGCCGUACUCUUCAUUCAGAACUUGUUGGAUCUGAAAGACCGUUUCGAUCACUUCCUUCACUAUUCGUUUAACAAUGAUAAGAACUACAAGCAAAUGAUAGCCUCCGACUUCGAGUACUUCCUAAAUUUAAACACGAAGAGCCCGGAAUACCUCUCGCUCUUCAUCGACGACAAACUGAAGAAAGGUGUCAAAGGGAUGACAGAGCAGGAGAUCGAAGGUAUCUUGGAUAAAACCAUGGUUUUAUUCAGAUUUCUUCAAGAGAAGGACGUUUUCGAACGGUACUAUAAGCAGCACUUAGCCAAACGUCUUCUCUUGAAUAAAUCCGUGUCCGACGAUAGUGAGAAGAACAUGAUAUCCAAACUUAAGACUGAAUGUGGAUGCCAGUUCACAUCGAAGUUGGAAGGGAUGUUCAAAGACAUAACAGUUAGUAAUACAAUUAUGGAUGAAUUCAAAGAUCACGUCCUUACGUCUAACACAAAUUUACACGGCGUCGAUAUAAGCGUGAGGGUUUUGACGACCGGCUUCUGGCCAACGCAGUCUGCAACGCCGAAGUGCAGCAUGCCAGCGGCACCACGCGAUGCUUUCGAUGCCUUCCGACGUUUCUAUCUCGCGAAACACAGCGGUCGACAAUUAACGUUACAGCCUCAAUUAGGUUCCGCGGAUUUAAAUGCCGUGUUCUACGGGCCACGAAGGGAGGAGAGCAGCUGCGGCGGCCUGGACACGCCGCUGUCCUCGAGUUCGAUCGGAAACGGGAGCAGCAGCACGAACGGCAGUCUCCUGAGCCAACGUAGCAGCGGUUGCGGUAACACGAGGAAACAUAUUAUCCAAGUUUCCACUUAUCAAAUGUGCGUUUUAAUGCUCUUCAAUAAAAGAGAGAAAUUGACGUACGAGGAAAUUCAAGGUGAAACCGAUAUUCCAGAGAGAGACUUGGUUAGAGCAUUGCAAUCUCUCGCGAUGGGCAAAGCCACGCAGAGAGUGUUGUUGAAGCAUCCUCGUACGAAGGAAAUCGAACCGUCGCAUUAUUUCUGUGUCAACGACACUUUCACUAGCAAGUUGCACAGAGUGAAGAUUCAAACGGUAGCGGCGAAAGGCGAGUCGGAACCCGAAAGAAGAGAGACUCGCAACAAGGUAGACGAAGAUAGAAAACACGAAAUAGAGGCAGCUAUCGUCCGUAUCAUGAAAGACAGAAAGCGCAUGGCACAUAAUAUACUCGUAGCGGAAGUAACAGAGCAAUUGAAAGGUCGAUUUUUGCCGUCGCCCGUAAUAAUUAAGAAGCGUAUCGAAGGUUUGAUCGAACGUGAAUACUUGGCACGCACGCCGGAAGAUAGAAAGGUGUAUACGUACGUUGCUUAAUGCUCGAAAUAAAACGGAUCUGUACAAAACAUUUAUCGUAUGAUGCUACUGAAUUCGAUCGCCAAGAGCCAGAAUUUAUCCACAACUUAAACGAUUUAAUACGUUCGUAAUCAAUAUCUGUAUCGUCAACACUGAAAGUAAAUGCAUUAUUGUGUAAUGUUUAUAUACCUGUUUUACAACAAACUGCGCUUGUCUUGCUUUCAACAGAAAAACGAGCAGAUGAUAUAUUUUUUUCAUGCUUCUUUUUAGAAUCGUACAGAUCGUAUGUGCUUGCGUCCGUUUACAACGACUUCAAAAUACAAAUUGUAUACAAUAUCA